GUGGAGCCGUGGACUAGUUCAGUUGACUUGCCCCUUCUCCCUCCACCUCUAGCGUGCACUCUGGCUCGAACUUUGGAUAACCUGCAGGCACCGGAGAAGCCAUAGGGAUCAAGAACUCCACCGCGGCCUUUGCCCAGGGCUAGGGCAGCACCCAAGGCCGGCUGGUGCGAGUGGAAGUCCUCGUCCUCUUCAGUGCCUUGAUCUGGCUCCUGGUCGAGUUGUUCGGCGCACAUCGGCUGCGGCAUAACCAUGGGUUCUUCCGCUUCUUCGUGUGGCCAGUGUACACGCUCUUCACCGUGCUUGGCCCUUACACCAUCGGAUUGCUGCAAGACGGUCCCUUCCGCAACCAAACGUUCGUCCUAUGGGGCACCAUCCUCCUCAUCCAAGUGAGUGCUGAUUCCCUCUCCAUUUACAGCAUCCAUGACAUUGAGCAAAGGAAGAGGAUGCUCGUGCAGCACAUGCUAUAGAUCAUCCUCGUGCUUUGGCAGAUUGUGAAUUGCAAAGGUCACAACAAAUGCUACACUGCAACCAUUUGGAUAUUCUGGAUUCAGAGCAUCAUUUUGACGUACAGAAAGUCUGGGGUUUUGAGCAACGCGAGCGAAAAAGGAGGUUUGCUGAAGCAGUCAAAAGUGGUUGCUGAUUACAUGAUGACUGAGCAUGAGCAAAUACCUCCGGGAGUCACUCCGAAUCCUAAAACAAUGGAAGGGUACAAGUACAUAUUCCACGGUGAAGAAAAAGAAGCUGUCUUGCUUCUCAAAGCACCUGAAUAUAAAGUUGGAUUUAACGAGGUGAUAGCGACCAAAUGCACCACCAUCGAUUCUGUAUGGCGACGGAUCGAGAGUCACAGAUUUCUCACCAAGGAAGCUGCGGAAACAGUGAAGGACGUUGCGCUCUCCUUCUCAUUGUUUAAAUUGUUGAAGCGUAGAUUGUGUGGGUACCAAAUUGGUGAAGCUGGCCGCGCCAAGACAUUAGAUUUCGUUCUUAAUGGGCUCAUCUCUGAAGAAGGAGGUGGGACAUAGUGGACGAGCUCCAUAGGUAUGAAAAACCCAGGAGGAGGUCGUCAGCAGCGUCUGCUAUUUCUAAACCUGCUAUUUCUAAAGUAAAUGGUGAAGCACGGAAAUGCUGGCAGAGAGCGCUUGGGCAGUACUCCCUGUUACUCGACUUCGACUACCACUCAUGGAAUGUACUACCGCUUUUGUCACUAGGUCUUGUAGACAAAACAAGAGAGGGACAGAAGGCUGGGAAAAAGAUCAUGUUGACAAAUGAAAUCAUCAGGCGCGUCCUUUCUGGGUUCAAAGGGAGCAAUGGGCAGCUACAAGAUGGGCAGUCGGCUCUUGCCAGAAAUCAGUUGCUAAGCCAAUUCUCAUGGUCGUGCACCCUUCCCACACACAUCCAUAAGAUUCUCGUAUGGCACAUCGGGACGACCAUCGCCAUGGAUGGGCACCUGGUUCCCCGGACCGGCGACCACCGUGUCGCCAAGACGCUGUCGGAUUACUGCGCCUACCUAGUAGCCUUUGUUCCAUACAUGCUGCCCGGCCAUGGCUACGACAACCAGUGCAUCUUCGACGCCGUGAUCAUGGAGGCUGGGGAAGGCCUCACCGGGUGUGACACAGUGAGCAACAGGUGUGAUAGGCUAAUGGCAAUGGUCCUGCCGAGCGACAGCAGCUGCACAAUCCUGCAGCUGGGGGGCAAGCUCGGGAGAGAGCUUAGAGGCGUGGCUCCGGAGGAGCGGAGGUGGAAGGUGCUGGCUGACUUCUGGGCCGAGUUCGUUCUCUUCCUAGCGCCGUCAAGCAAUGUUGAGAUCCACGCCGAGAAGCUCGCCGCCGGCGGGGAGUUCAUGACCCAUCUCUGGGCACUGCUCACACACGCCGGCGUUCUGGAGUGCCCCUCGACGACCGCCGAUGUGGGAGGUAACAAUGGUGCCCCUGCACAUGAUUCUCGUGUUUGAGCGAUGCAAACAUUCUUCAUCCGCGUCGGCUUCUGCUGGAGUAAUUGAUUUAUUAUGAAUGUCCGUUCGUCGGAUUUGAAGUUUAUUUGGGUAUAGUACAGGGUGAAUCUUGUUUUUCAUAUGGUCGUGUUUAGCAGUGUGCUAUAUUUUGUGUAAUAAAGGGGAGUUAAUGUCUGAUUUACUUUUGUGUGGCUUUAGGGGCAUUCGCCAAUUCGUUGUGAUGAGUUAUCCCUGUUGUGCAA